UUCUAUCAACAUGUUUUAUUGUAACUGAAGCUACGCUGAGAUGAAAGGAGCAGCUACCAAAACUGCAACAAGGAGUGGAUUUGUCGUCCUUCUUCUCUACUUGACAGUGGUAAAAGGUCAGGAUGGCUGGGGAGUGACUUACCCUUCUACUCAGAUCUGUACUGUAAAAGGAUCGACAGUUGUCAUACACUGCACUUAUACAUUUCCACCCAGUUGGAAUGAGCAGAAUACAAAAGUUAUAAAAACGUUAUGGUUUACAAAAGUGAAUCAAAAUCAACCUGUGGAUCUGAUAACUGACCCAUUGUACACUGGUCGUGUGGAGUAUCAUUUUCAAAAAAACAACUGCACUCUGAGAAUCACCGACAUGAGAGAGAGUGACGUAGCUGAGUACAAGUUCAUGUUCAUAACAAACCAACCAGAGGGACGUGUGACUGGUUCCCCUGGAGUUACUUUGUCUGUCACAGGUAACAUUUUAAAUUGAGUUAUUUUUUGUUCCAAUAGCUAUCUGCUUUUUGAAUUACUCUUGUUUGUUUGUGAGACUGCAAAAGCCCCAUUAAGUCUAUUUGAAUAACAGGUUGUAUCAGUGCAAAAUAAAAUACAAAAAAGGUGAAAUGAGGUACAUUUAUUUCAGACAUGGUAUUCCUAAGGUGUAAAAAUGUAAUAUCGCUAUGUUGAAUGUAUUUGUGCCUUAAUUCCUGUGCCUUCUUCACAGAACCAGAUCUACAUGUGGAGGUGAUUAAAUCAACUGAGCUGAACUGUCACAGCAGUUGUCAUCUUCCUGAACGUCCUUCUUAAACAGCAUAGUUUCAUAAUUUUAUGUUUCACAGAUAUUUCUAUAAAGGCUCCUUAAGGGUUUAAUACGCUGCAACCAAUGGUAUUAUGAACAAGAAAAAACAUUUACCAAUGCUUUGUAGAUCAGUGAUUUAUGAAGAGUUUGUCUCUGGAUUUCUAGCUCAGUAGUUCCUUAGAAAGAUUCAAGUAACUGUUGAAGCCCCAGACUGCGUCCAAUGAUUCAUCUGUUAUGGCAAGUCUUUUUUGUAGACAGCAGUUUUGAAGCAUUACCUCUAAAUGAAUUUGUAAACAGUUGAAAUCUCCACGGCAGUUUUGAGGCACUUACACACAAGCUCCUCUUACUAGACGCAGAGGCUCUGUUCAUUUCUUGUAUUCUGUCCAUGUGUCAGACAUUGUGAUGUUAAUCAAUGAUAUUUUUGUUUGCUUCCUUAUUUAUCCAGCUCUACAGGUGCAGGUGAACAUUGUUAGAGUUGACAGGAGUAAUACCUUUGCAGAGCUGAAGUGUCACAGCAGCUGCAGUCCAGCUGUUCAUCCUUCCUACAUCUGGUUCAAGAAUGGAGAGAACAUUCAGACAGAAACAUCUUCUUUUAGAAGAUAUUUUUAUUCUGAAGACAGCUUUGCCUGUGCUUUAAAGGGAUAUGAGAAUUUCCCCUCUUCAUCAGUGUGUGUCCAUGGUCAAAGCUGCAACAGAGUGAUGUAUGAUGUCAAAAGCAUCUGUUCCCUAGAAGGCUCAUCAGUGGACAUUUCAUCCACCUACUUCAGUUACUGGUAUUCCGAAACAAAAUUUGGUUCAGUCCAGAUCGUAGUCAUCAGUGGCAGAAUCACACACAGCCUGAGGACAUAAGUAAAGACUCUCAGUAUGCAGGUCGUGUUCAGGUUAUUGAAACAUGGAGACGACGCUCCACUCUGAGAAUCUCUGACCUGAGAGAGAAGGAUUCAGCGCAGUAUCACUUUAAAUUCAAAACAUGGAGCUUUGAAUGGAAGAGCAGCUUACCUGGAACAACUUUGACUGUAACAGCUCUCAAGGUGCAGGUAACCAUGGCAACAUUUCAACAGGAUCACACGGAGGCAGAGCUGAGAUGUCACACAGCUGCAGUCCUGCUGGUCGUAUUUCCUAUGUCUGGUUCAAGAAUGGAGAGAAAAUCCUGAAUGAGGAAAAGUCUUCCUAUAAAGACCUGUUUUAUCCAGGAAACAAUAUCUCUUGUGCUGUGAGAGGACUCGAAAGUUAUCGCUCUGCCUCGCUGUAUGCUCUGAAAGCUCCCUCUGUGUCAACAAGUCCUUCAGGGGAAAUAAUGGAGGGCACUUCAGUCACUUUGAACUGUAACAGUGAUGCUGACGGAGCAGUUAAAUUCUCCUGGUACAAGAGGAAUCGGACGCUGUCCAGCAAAGAAGCAGAGCUUAUCUUUGGCUCCGUCCUGUCCUCUGACUCUGGAGAGUAUUGCUGUACAGCCGAGAAUGAGCUGGGGAAAAGAACAUCUGAAGGCAUCUUUAUCAAUGUCAAAUAUGGUCCCAGGCUUCCCACUGUGUCAGUGAGUCCCUCUGCUGAGAUAGUGGAGGGCAGUUCAGUGACUAUGGCCUGUAGCAGUGAUGCUAACCCAGCAGCUAAUUAUACCUGGUACAGAGAGAAUGAAGAGUCUCCAGAAGCUUCAGGGCCGACCUUCACUAUCACUUACAUCAGAGCUGAACAAAGUGGAAAUUAUUACUGUGAAGCCCAUAAUGGAAUAGGACGCCAUAAUUCCAUCUUGAUUGUAAUUGAUGUGACAGGAGCAUGGACAUCAACAGUUGUCGUAACCACCAUGGUUGUUGUGCUGGCUAUCAUACUCCUCUCUGUCUUCAUAUUGAUUAAAAAGAAAAGGGCCUCCAAGCAACAGUGUGAAGAGAGACCAGAUGACAACAGGGAACAGUGUCUACCAACUCAGGGCCAGCAAGAAGAGCAGGAUGACCUUCAUUAUUCCAGUGUUAAGUUCACCAAGAAUCAAGCAGAAUCUCUCUACUCCAACAUCAGACCAGCUCAACGCCACAGACACAACGAGGAAGAACUUAUGAAGGUGUUGAAUAUUCUGCUAUCACAUUUAACAAAGGCCCUUCUGCCCCCAACUGAGCAGCUCAUCUCCUACUGUAUAUACAUAUUUAGUUUAUUUAAGCAAAUGUCACAUGACUGUUAGUACAGAACAGUCUGUGACAACACCAUCAAGACCACCAGACACUUUCAAGAAAUGUUUUUAUAUAGAGAUGUAAAUAAAACAUGAGAGUUCAGCUUGUUAUUUCAGUCAGCACAGGUUUGUUGUAAAAAAAUUACUGGAUGUUUUUUUUGUACAGUAACCCCAAACCUUUUCCAUCUGGUUUUAUAAAUUCAGACACCUUUCUACAACCAGAGAGUCUCCCUCUGCUGGUCAGUGGAAAAAAUGUCCCUUAGGGCCACUUAACAUUGGCUUCAGUUUAAUUAUCUGAGCUGAGCUCCUCUCAUUUUUUUAAGGAUGACUUAUUUUUUAUGAUUUGCUUACCUCCCUUUAUGGAGGCAAUAUUAAUGAACUCUGUAUCAAUGAUGACCUUUUCUUCAAUAUGUGAAAUGUAUCACUUCCUUUUAUUAACAAUAUGUUUCAUGUAUAGCUUUAAGUAGGCAUUGUGACAGUUUUACUAUUUGGUUUUGUACUUCAAACAUAAAAAAAAAAAAAAAGCUAUAACAACCUUGAA